AUGUCUCCAGAAACCCAAACCAUCCCCGCCCGCCGCGGUGCCGCAACCCUCGUCCGCCACGGCCAAAAGAUCAAGAUCAUAAACACGCACGGCAACCAAGUCGUCGACACAUGGGCCCUCGCCCUGCCCUCUUCCACCCUCUCCACGGCGUCCUCAAAAGCUGAGGCACCCAUCUACCCCAACGCGACAUCCGACUCGCCAUCAAGAUACACCAAUACUUCCAACGCCGCUGCCUCUGCGCCCGAAUACAUGUCCAUGUGCCACUGCCGCGCCUCCCUGCUCAAAAUCACACCCGCAGUCGGCGACAUACUCGUCAGCCAGAAGAGGCACCCGAUAGUGAAACUGGUGGAGGAUAUCAGUCCAGGCGUGCACGACACGCUGAUUGCAGCAUGUGAUCGAUGGCGGUACAGUGAACUCGGCGUCACGGGGUAUCACGAGUCAUGUACGGACAAUUUCUGGGACGCCGUGGAUGCUUUGUCUUCGUCUCGUGAACUGAGCGAGGAGGAGCAGGAGGCGCUGAGAGAUCUGAAUAGUAAACUUGGCGGCAAGGUUCCGGAUCCGUUUAAUCUAUUCAUGAACAUACCCAUCACGCAGGCCGGCGAGGGCGCGAAGCGCGGAGUCAGUUUCGAAGCGCCCCUGACGAAGCAGGGGGAUUAUGUCGUGUUCGAGGCGCUGAGGGAUGUCGUGGUUGUGAUGAGUGCGUGCCCGCAGGAUGUGUUAACGAUUAAUGGCGGGAAGCCUGUUGAGGCGCAUUUUCAGGUUUAUGACUAG